UACGUCUUACCUUAUGACGUCAUCGCGUUGAGACGUUCGGUCUCCCUCGCCGUCGCUUCUGAACCUGAGCGACAGUAAACAUUCAGGACAAAGGUUUAUUGUGACAAUUUGACACAGGUAUAUUACGGCACAACGGUUUAGUUUAUUAAUAUCAAACUGUUGUGGGCUGACAGGAUCUUAUCCAUCAUGGCAUUGAGAAGCACAGCAUGUCGUCUCAUGCUCUUCCCACGGAGAUGCGCCGCCAUCUCAGUCUGCAGAUCACAAGGAACUGCUACAGCUACCAAACAAGAUUCAGAGAAGACUGAGCCGAAGCAUAAAGCAUCUAAGAUCCAGUUUAACUGGCGGGAUCCUCUCGACCUGGAGGGCCAGUUAACUGAGGAUGAGAUAAUGAUCAGAGACUCCUUCCGGACCUACUGCCAAGAGAAACUCAUGCCUCGUAUCCUGAUGGCAAACAGGAAUGAAGUGUUUCACAGAGAAAUCGUGUCGGAGAUGGGAGAGAUGGGUGUCCUGGGCCCAACCAUCAAAGGUUAUGGCUGUGCCGGGACGAGCUAUGUGGCCUAUGGUUUGAUCGCUAGAGAAGUGGAGCGAGUGGAUAGUGGUUAUCGCUCGGUAAUGAGUGUGCAGUCCAGUCUAGUCAUGCACCCUAUUUAUGCCUAUGGCACAGAGGUGCAAAAACAGAAAUACCUCCCAAAACUCGCUUGCGGAGAGUUGUUGGGUUGCUUUGGAUUGACGGAACCGAAUCAUGGCAGUGACCCCGGCAGCAUGGAAACCAGAGCCAAAUACAAUCCCAGUAGUCGGACCUACACUCUCACGGGCUCAAAGACCUGGAUCACAAACUCCCCAGUCGCUGAUAUCGCAGUAGUUUGGGCCAAAUGUGAGGACGGAAAAAUACGAGGUUUCAUCUUGGAGCGUGGCAUGAAGGGUUUCUCCACGCCUAAGAUUGAAGGGAAGUUUUCGCUUAGAGCAUCUGCCACUGGGAUGAUUGUCAUGGACGAUGUGGAGGUUCCUGAAGAGAACCUGUUGCCUAACGUCUCCGGCCUUAGGGGUCCCUUUGGCUGCUUGAACAAUGCCCGUUACGGUAUUGCUUGGGGCGCGCUGGGUGCUGCAGAGUUCUGUUUCCAUACAGCUCGUCACUACACAUUGGACAGAAUCCAGUUUGGUGUACCACUGGCAAGGAAUCAGCUGAUCCAGAAGAAAAUGGCUGACAUGCUGACAGAAAUCACAAUCGGCCUCCAGUCCUGUUUGCAGCUGGGAAGACUUGUCGACCAGAAAAAAGCAGCACCUGAGAUGAUCUCUAUGCUGAAGCGGAACAGUUGUGGUAAAGCCCUGGAUAUCGCCAGGCAGGCCCGCGACAUGCUGGGAGGAAACGGCAUUGCUGACGAGUACCACGUCAUCCGUCACGUCAUGAACCUGGAAUCUGUUAACACUUAUGAAGGUACUCAUGACAUCCACGCCCUGAUCCUGGGCCGAGCCAUCACAGGAGUGCAGUCCUUCACUGUGGACAAAUAGACCCAGAAUGUCACUAUCAUGUAAGCUCUGCUUUAUGGCACAUUUUAAGAUUAAUUUAAUGCAGUUUCAUUUGUAUGGUGGAGUUUUUUCCCCUGAGGCAUGUGGCAAAAUAUAUAUUUAAGUGCUUUAAUUGGAAAGCAAUAAGUAUAAAAAUACAAAAAAAACAAAAAACAAAACAAAAACCAAGUGUAAUUAUUAACUUAGAAGAAGAGUUUUCAAAAUAAAGGGCUAUUUUUCUACUGUUAUGACACUACAACAGUGAAAUUAAGCAUUUUCACUUCCGUUUCCAUCAGAAAGUAUGCUAAAUUCCAUUAUCAGAUGUUUACGAUCAUUCAACAGUGACAACUGACAAUAAUCAACAAGUCAUGAUCCAGAAUAUUUUGCUGGGUAAAGGAACGUAACGCUGUUGUUAAAGCUACUAAUCAUAAACACCCACAACUUUGAUUCAGACUGCCUGUGGAAUGUAUUUGUGUGUGUGUUUUUAUCUAAUUAUGCAGAUGUUUUCAGUAUAAUUUCUGUCAUUGGGAGUCCUACUGAGCUGACUUGUUAGUAGCACUUUACUGGUUGUAUUGUCAAAUUUCAUUGAUGUUUAAGAGCGCUUUAAAGGAAACAAAAGUUUUUGAAGUAUUCCAAGUGUCUGAAGGGGCAAUAAAAGUUUGAACCUAUUUAUAGAUGUAUUUUGUAUAAAUAUUAGACUAGUGAGCACACUUGUGAAGUCAGUGCCUCAAAAGGUCCAAACAACAUAUUGUCAUUAUUGUUGGUGAUUCUAUAAAUUUCCCUGUAAUUAAUCUGGAAAACAAUAUCCCAUUAAUUAAAAAAAAUUACAAUUUUCACUGAUGUUUCAUGAAGUCAGAAUGUUUAACCUGUUUAACCAGAAUUGUUUUGUGUCAUGUCUGGUUUAUUUGCUAAAGAAGUAAAGCUGGGUGAUCAUCCGC